CUUUCUAACUCCCAUUGUACCUGAACCACAGGUCAAACGAUAUGAAAGGCAUAUUCCCAUAAAUAGCGAGUACAAGCCAUUUGAGGUUAAGAAAGGUCCUUUGGACUGUUCAGAGUAAGCAUGCCGGUGAGAGAGCCCGCGAUGAGAUUAAAAUGUCCCCGCAGGGAGCUUGCUGCAGUAGAUGGAUGGGAGCCGCUCACGCACCCGGAAGGAGCAUUAUUCUUCUAUCAGGCAGAUAAAAGAGUUUUCACUGAUGCCAAUGUUCGAGAUUCUAUAACUGCUGUCAAAAUAAACAAAGCUGUUGUGACGGCGUACGAAGGCAUGCGGAGGGCAGACAUUCACUUGGAUUCGUCCGUCGAGCUCGUACUGGAGCUCAUUGUUGAGAGGGACAAAGAAUAUUUGGGUUACUACUUUGCCGACCACAAAAGACGUAUCAUUUUCUGGUUCGAAGACUACAACUUCUUUGACCUUGUAAAUAAUGUUCGAGGUGUAGAGCGCAAAAGCCACAUCAAGUAUGCAUUAGAUUCACAGUAUUGGAGACAUGUUGAGCUAUUUCCAAACAAACGCGUCCUUCCAGAGGACAUUGUCAUAACGCUCAAAGAAAUUGUCAUGCAUGCUCAUGCAGAAAACAUCACUUCUGAAACGUGCCUAGCACCUUUUGCCCCAAGUGAGGUUGCAAGUAUGCUUGGCCUUGUGGAUCAUCUCAAGGACAGUACUAACAAGGAGCGUGAACACUCCGUGUGGAUUGCUGCUCGAUUGAUGAGGCUUUUAUGCAACGCGAAGUUUGUGAAUUUCUGUGGACAACCAGGUGCCCGACUUGACGUAGAUCAAUCAUUAUAUGGAGAACAUGACACCCGCUCGAAAAAAAUAAUUAUUCGUAUCAUGAAUGUUAUUCUGUUUGGAUCCCCAGUUGCUCAAAGCAAGGCAAUUCACAAGAUAUGGGUCGAUGAAACCAUCGUUCAACCACGAUGGAAGGGUUUUAUUGAUAGGCUCAUCACCGAAUGGAAUGGAUAUACAAUAUUUUCUACUGUGAUGCUCGCUGUGAAUAUUAGUUUUCUCGCGGUCCCAACUAUCACGCCUCAAACGACCGCGAUCGUUUUAACAUAUCUGUCUUCCCUCUGCGCCAUGGGCUCUUUAGUGGUCUCGCUGAUCUUGGCUGGACAAGUUAACGACAGCCGGCGAGGCUCCGCUGCAGACGUGGCCUCUUUCAUGGUAGGAAUAUCGGAGUCUAUGUUCGGCCUCGAAAGCCUUGCCCUGAUGCUCAGCCUGCCGUUUGCACUUCUGAUUUGGGGAAUGACGUUCUUUGCUGGGGCAUUGUCCACCCUCAUCUUUCGCACUUGUGGCGUUGUCGCCAUUUCAAUCACAUCUCCAGUUUGGGUCGCCGUAUUCGUCCUGGCGACGUGGCCUGUACUUGCCGCUAAUAACAUUCACAUUUCUCAGUUGAGGUUCUGGAUCAUAGAACAUGUUUUACCUCAGGCUGCGGGACCCAUCAUCAUCUCUCAUCGCUAAUUUGUGUUGUCUGAUUGCAGGGACUUUCUGUGGUGCGACACGCAUAUAGUUAGUACAUGGUAUUUUACAACUUAAUACAUGAUACACGUUUCCUCCUGAAUAGCCCUACACAGAACUUACCAGCUCUAGAUCAGGAAUUGACAUGCUUAGCACAAGGCUUGUCUAGAUCUCUUUUCUGCAAAAAUGUACGAUGAUAGCUUCCCCGCCUUUUUAUGUACUAGUAUGUCCAGUUCUGUUAUGAUAACAUUAUCAAUUUGUAUUAGGCGUUGAGACGACCAAUCAAGUGGUGGUGUAAUUUUGUAUACUAUGUAGUCCCAUUUCCCUA